AUGGUGGAUGUGGGGUCGUGUUUGGAGGGGUCCGGUGUGAUAGUUGAGGCUGCGGUGGCAAGCACACAAGCUCACGCAUACCUAAUUGGCUUGUUGAUGGGCGUGGGAGUGAACUAUGGGCGAGAGAGAGCGAGUUGUAGAGGCCGAGUGCGGCAUAAGGCUUGGGCGAGAGGGGCUGUGGACGGCGACAUUGGGUGUAAGUGGGGCUAUAUUGGUGUGGUAGUCGAGAGGAAGGAGACUACCGACGUGUGGGGUGAGGGAUGA